ACUUGGCGAGGCAGCCCAACAUGGCGGCGGCGGCGGACGGGGAAGAUGUGGCCAAGCUGCAGAAGCACCUGGCGCUUCUGCGGCAGGAGUACGUGAAACUCCAGCAGAAGCUGAUGGAAACGGAACGCAGGUGCGCUCACCUGGCAGCCGCAUCAGGCCAGGGCGAACGCGCCGACGACUUCAUCUCACGGCUGCUCGCGUUCGUCGCAGACCUCUACCGCAGCGAGCUCUACAGUGACCUGCAGGUGAAGCUCAAAGAGCAGGCAAUGCCAGGACACAAGUUCGUCUUCGCAGCGCGCAGCGACCUGUGGAGCAUGAGCAGCAUGGCCUCCUCCGACACGCUCGACCUGUCGGGCAUCGACGAGGAGGUUGCAGUGGCAAUGCUGCGGUGGGUGUACACGGAAGACGUGGAUACAGCUGGCAAGGGAGAGGCCUUCCUCACCGAGCUCAUGAAGCUGGGCAGUCAGUACAAGCUGACGCCAUUGCGGGAGCGGUCUGAGAAAGCCAUCAUGUCCUCGGUGACGGUGAGGAACUGCAUCCGCUACUACCAGACCGCCGAGGAGCUGGGCGCCACUUCCCUGCUUAACUACUGCGCGGAGAUCAUUGCCAGCCACUGGGAUGACCUGCGAGCAGAGGAUUUCAGCAGCAUAACGGCCCCACUCCUCUACAAGAUGUUCAAGUCGACGACCGACUUCCCGCUGCACCAGGCCAUCAAGGCCGAGCGUGAGGACGUCGUGUUUCUCUACCUCAUCGAGUACGACUCACAGCUCCCGGAUAAGCUGGAUGAGGCUGACCUGGCGGGCAAGCUACCGCUGGAGUUGGCGCUGGAGCGGCGGCUGGAGAGCAUUGCCACGACGCUCGUGACACACCGCGCCGACGUGGAGCGGCCCAACAGCGAGGGCUGCACACUGCUGCACCGUGCCAUCACACGCGGCGACGAGUUCUCGGCGGCGUUCCUGAUCCGGCACGGGGCGUUUGCCAACGCGGCGACGGUGCAAGGCCAGGAGACGCCGCUGCACCUGGUGUCCUCUGCUCACGACGCUAGCGGCCCCGGCAUGGUGCUCAUCGCUAACGCUCUCCUAGAGGCCGGCGCCAACCCCAACACCCAGGAUUCCUCUGGCCGGACGCCUCUACACAGAGCGAUCGUGGCCGGGAAUGAAGCUGUCUUCAGCCUCCUGCUGCAGUGCAAGCAGAUCGACCUGGAGCUGCGUAACCGUGACGGGGACACGGCACUGUGGCUGGCGCUGCGGUGCCCCGUGGCCGAGGAGCCAGGCUGGCCGGAGGGGCAGGCCGGGCAGCACGCCCUCAACGGCGAUGCCUUCCCUUCCCAGUGCUUGGCUGCCCGGCUCAUUGCCAUGGGCAGCAACGCCGAUGCUUCUGACAUCAAAACCGGUAAUAGCCUGCUGCAGCGGGCAGCAGCAGCAGGCAGCGAGUCCGCCACGCUUUUCCUGGUGGCUCAUGGAGCCUCCAUCAACCACACCAACUCCAGGGGCGAAACGCCGCUCCACACGGCAUGCCACUUCGGCCUGGCGCAGCUCACGGCCGAACUGCUGCACCGUGGCGCCAACCCCAACGCUCAAACCGGGCCCGCAUCUGCACCGAGUCAGAGUCAGACACCAAGCCUGGUGCCGGUGAUGGACAGGGAGUCCGGGCAGGCGGCAGGGGAGACUUUGAGGGAUGCUGCCGCGGUUAAGGGUCCGGGGUCGGAUGACGAGAUGCACGCGCAGACGCCGCUUCACCUCGCUAUUUACCACAACCAUCCAGAGGUGGUGGCAGUCUUCCUGGAGCAAAAAGCAAAUGCGCUGAAUGGUGUAAACAACUUGCAGAUCAUCCCGGACUUUAGCCUGAAGGACUCGAAGGAGCAGACUGUGCUGGGAUUAGCCCUGUGGACCGGAAUGCACAAGAUCGCGGCCCAGCUGCUUGGCUCGGGAGCGGCGAUCAACGAGCGCUCGUCGGACGGGCAGACCCUGCUCCACGCCGCCAUCCUCAAGCGCAACAGCGACGGCGCUCUCUUUCUGCUGGAGCACAACGCCGACAUUAACAUUCGCACGGCGGAGGGGCAGACGCCGCUGCAGCUCGCCAUACGCCAGCAGCUGCCCCUGGUGGUGGACGCUCUGUGCACGCGCGGCGCCGACAUGACCGUGCGCGACCCCGCCGGGGACCCCCCGCUCUGGGUGGCGCUGCAGGGGGGCAACGACGACAUCGCUUCCACCCUGGUGCGACACGGCUGUGACGCCACCUGCUGGGGCCCCGGACCAGGAGGCUGCCAGCAGACCCUGCUGCACCGCGCCAUUGACGAAAACAACGAGAAGAUCGCCUGCUUCCUGAUCCGCAGUGAUUGUGAUCGAGACGGCCCAAGGCGGCCGGGCCUCAAGGGCGAAGGUCAGGAGGAGGCACGCGAUGGGCAGACUCCGCUGCACCUGGCGGCCACGUGGGGCCUCGAGGAGGUGGUGCAGUGUCUACUGGAGUACAGAGCCAAUGUCAACAUGCAGGAUGCUGAGGGCCGCACACCCUUGCACAUCGCCAUCAGCAACCAGCACGAUGUCAUCAUCGCAUUGCUGCUGUCCCACCCUGAGCUGCGGCUGGGUGCUCGUGACCGCCAAGGCCAGACGCCAUUUGCCUGCGCCAUGACGUACAAGAACAAUCGUGCUGCAGACGCCAUCCUCAAGCGCGAGCCCACCGCCGCUGAGCAGGUCGACAACAAGGGACGCAACUUCCUGCACGUGGCGGUGCAAAACUCGGACAUCGAGAGCGUCCUGUUCCUCAUCAGCGUGAGCGCCAAUGUGAACUCGCGCGUACAGGAUUCCACGGGCCUCACGCCGCUGCACCUCGCAACGCAGGGCGGCUCCGAGAUCAUCGUGCGCAACUUGCUGCUGGCGGGAGCGAACGUACGCGAGCUGACCAAGAACCGGCAGACGGCGCUGCACUUGGCAGCGCAGCUGGACCUGCCGUCCAUCUGCUCUGUGCUGAUUGAGAACAGCACCGACUUUAGUGCCUGCGACGACAACGGCAACAACGCGCUGCACCUCGCUGUCAUGCACGGCCGCCUCAACGUGGUCCGCGUCCUUCUCACCGAGUCCAGCAUCGACGCUGAAGCCUUCAACUUGCGAGGCCAGAGCCCCAUGCACGUGCUGGGCCAGUACGGCAAGGAGAAUGCGGCUGCCAUUUUCGAGCUCUUUCUCGAGUGCAUGCCGGAGUACCCACUGGACAAGUCGGACAUUGAGGGCCACACGGUUCUGCUGUUGGCGUACAUGAAGGGCAACGGGAACCUUUGCCGCGCCGUGGUGCGGGCGGGCGCGCGUCUCGGCCUUACGAACUCGCAGGGAGUCAACAUCUUCAACUACCAGGUCGCCACCAAGCAGCUUCUCUUCCGUCUACUCGACAUGCUGUCCAAGGAGCCUCCAUGGUGCGAUGGUUCUAACUGCUACGAGUGUGCGGCCAAGUUUGGAGUGACCACGCGCAAGCACCACUGCCGGCAUUGCGGCCGACUUCUGUGCAACCGCUGCUCGGCCAAAGAAAUUCCCAUCAUUAAAUUCGACCUCAACAAGCCUGUGCGCGUUUGCGACAUCUGCUUUGAUGUGCUGACGCUUGGUGGCGUCUCCUAGCAAAGCCCCUCUUCCAAUAACCACUGUCCCCCACAACAUUACCCCCACUCCGCCAAGCCUCCUGCCCAACCCCUCUCCCUUGCCAACAACACUUCUUCCAUUCCAGCCGUCCCCUAACCUUGCUUACUAUUGUAAGAGCCAUACCAGUGGAUGUCUGUGUGCCACCAGCAUCCCGCCACACUGCCCGCUGCUUAAAGCUGCUAGUCGCUAGUAUGCUGCGGCAUGUGCCUGGGCACACAGUGAUGUAUAGUGCAGACUUUUUUCAGCCAGGAUGUUGACAGCCUGUGCAAUCGUCCCACGCUCAGGCCUCCUCUCUAACACCCUCUUCAGCCUCAUUGUCUCUGUAAAGAGAGAGACCAGUGUUUGUAAUUAUGUUUUUGCAUUCCAGUUGAGUGCCCUGUAGGUCCAGUGGCAUGAUGGGUAUCAAAUCACGUAGUGUGAUGGAGGCACAGUUUAGGUGUGGGAAUCUGCUGUGUUACAACCCACAUGUACUUCCUACGCACAAAAUACUUCCUUUGAACUGUCUUAACUUAGAAUGAGCUGUUGUUGCAGGCUUGAGAUGACCUAACUAACCCUUAUACCAAUUGUAGCCUGAAGUAACCUGACCAGUCACUUAAGUGCUAAUGUUGCUUUGGUAAACAAUGGUAACAGCGGUAAGCACUAUCAUUUCUUCUAGAUUUGAAGCUUUCGUGACUGCAAGGAUUCAUAUUCUUAGGUUUUUUCGGUAAAGUCACGUAGGUAAAACAUUAAAAUUAAUAAAAGUAAAAUAAAAUAAAACGUCGUGAUUUUUAUUUUAUUUUACUUUUAUAAAUUUUAAUGUUUUACCUACGUGACUUUACCGAAAAAACCUAAGAAUAAGCACUAUCAUGUAUGAGAAUGCAACUAAGCUGCAGUAAGCAGAUUUGCUUGAGAUCUCUGUAAAGCUGAACCAAUUUGUAGUGACGUUUUGCAACCUUGAAUCACGUUCUGAUGGCGACCGUAUUAACACUAAUAGCGUAACAGUACUGUACUCUGCUUCCACUUUUAGUCAGUGUUGCAUCUGGGUGGGUGUGCCCCUGUGAGCCACCGAUAGCCUCAUCAUGACAAAGAGUUGCGUUUUCAUGCAAGGAUGACUCUCUUCACUUUGAACCUCCGAUUAGCACGGUUGGCUAUGUAAAGCAGUUCAACAUCCAUACAUGUGCAAGCAGUUUUGGGCAGAAAUGGCUGGAAUGGUGACUAGCUAUUUGUUUGAAUCUGCUCAUUGCACACUGCUGUGAUCUUUUCAUGUAAUCGGUGUCAGACUGUCGUGUGUGUGUGUGUCUUCUGAAAUUUACUGUUAGCGCUGUACCAUGUUCGACAUUUAAAAAGCAGGUCCAGGCUGACCGACACCACGGCUCAAUGAGACACAAACCACAAGUGAUGGAAGGUGAUUCCGCUGUCCCGUUGUCAAAUUUCGGAUCGGCUCCGUUUCAACCACGAAUCAAAUUGAUAUUGAAUCAUUUCCGUUUUUUCGUACAUCCUUUAGCUCAUCACAAUGUUGCCAAUCUUGUGCUUCGCUUUUGUCGUGUACGGCACACUAGCCAGUGUUUUGCAAAGUGACACUUUGAUAAUACUUUCAAUGGAGGGACUGAACACACAUCAUGAUAACCCCCAUACAAACGGCACAAUAAAACCCCGUGGCUUUUGUGUGCUCUACCUCGUAGAUUGAAUUUUCAAUACAAUAAUUGGUAACCCAUCUGUUUUUUUUUAUAUCUUAUACUAUAAAUCUCAGCACAAUAAAAAAAAAAUACUGUGAAUAAAAAAUUGCAAAUCUAUUCGUGAGUAACUUUGGGUGGCUCCUUAGGAUGCAGUGUCUUGCUAUAACUGCUUUGGCCAUCCUCAGAACCCAGGACUCGCCCGAUGACACUACCCUUACUCUGGCUACCAUCGCCUGAGGGUGGAUCAUCAGUCUGCUGGGGAGGCACAGCACCGAUAGCCGAGGGUGGGCUGCACUGUGAUGUAUCCCCCCCCCCCCCCACUCUAGAAAUGCUACUCCAUCUUAAAAAUUCUGAAACAUAUGUUGUGAUUGUCAUCUUCAGGGUGAAGUGGGAAGACGUUAUAAAUAAACUUUGUUUUUGUGUUAUUGAUGACGGUAGCACAUUUUGCAGAUGGCUGAAAUGGUGAGAUAAGCCUUGGCUCAAGGAGGGACCACCCUACCCCACUCCCCUCCCAACCACCUCCCUUCGCCGAUGAACUGUUCUGCAGAAACAUGAACUCCCUCCGUCAACCCAAAGAAACUUAAUUUUUUUUUAUUCUGUGAUUGCGCAACCUCGCCCAUCUGACCACCACACAUAGCAAGUGUUAUGGGCUGCUGGGCUACGCUGUUGGGCAGACAACUAAAUGGUCGAUGCUCCAACGUCUUUGCCCCCCGCCUCUCGCCAACCCCCUUUGACCAGCGUGGUAAAGAAUGGUAAAAUAACCAACAAUUUGCAUGGCAUGGGAAGGGCCUUCAGCUGUGGAUUAACAGAAGGCUGUAUGUGUCAACAAGAUACGAUCUCAUGUUCGCACUAAUGCUUCUGAACAUGGUUCUAUUCCAAUGUAACUGGCAAACAAUGUUCGUACACAAACUAUGUUGCACUCUGGGUAAAAGCACAAACAGAAUUCCGUUCUGUCUUCAUAUAUAUACUAGUUUUAGUCCAUCAGCCUCUUGGCUUUGCAGACAAUAUUAUGAAGUAUUAUUUGUUUAAGCAAGAAAACAGGACCGGUUUUGACCUGAUGUACUCAGCUUUUAUAUAUCCGGUAUGUGGAGACAGAGAGGAGUUCUGUUUAUAUUUCAAUCUGAUAACUUGACAACCCGGCAGCUUUGUAAAAGAGCAAGCGAUGGCUGGAGCCAGUCAGUGAUUACAGGUAUUGUUGGAAGCAACUUCUUGGGUUGACGGCCGGUAGUUGCUGCAUUUGAAGUGCCAGGCAGAGAAGACUUACGCAACUAACACUCGGAUUCUUUAAACUGUGCGUGGCUGCUCUAACCCACAAUUCCGUGGUUGCUGUAUUGACGAGUAGUAUUUCUAUUGUUUGUUUAUUCCAAGAAUAAUGAGUUUGCACUUGUAUAAACCAUGAUAUGUU